CUACUUUGGCUCCAUUUCAUUGGACUGAAAUCACAGUGAAGUGGAAUUUAUUGAAGGGAGAUUGACUCGUGAUUCAUUCUUUCCUGGUUUCCUGCACUGUGGACUCGCCAUUAAGAGUUUUCUCUUUUCGUAAAGUGAGUCACACAAGCCCCAAUUUGUGUAAAAGCAUCUAAAGAGUAUUUAGUGCUUGGUAAGUUGUUUCAUACUUAUAACGAUAAAUGUUUUGCAUGUAUCGCUAGAAGUACAUAGUUAUAAAAAAGGAGUGAAUUGAUUUAAUUGCGUCACCUAAAACUUCUGUACAGCAUCUUUCGUAAUUUCCCUCACUGACACUGUUGCUUAUAAUUAAAUUUAUCACAAACUCAUAAAAGUAAAUCAUGGAAAAAGUGUUUUGCAUCCUACAAAAACAAUACGAAAGUAACAGAGUUUUCCCCCCAAACGGAAGUCAAACCUUUUUAAAAGGGAUGCCUCCUCCCCACCGAGAGAGGGUGUCCACGGGUCGCCUCCCGCGGCGAGGUGCCGCAGCGAGCAGCCCAGAUGUCUGGAUGCGAGGAGCCGGCGACCACGCAGGUGAAGAGAGCGCCUGCAAUAUGAACGCUUAACCCUGCGGGGGGGGGGGGGGGGGGGGGGAGGACACCGAAGCUGUGGAUGCAGAUAACGGCGCCACGCGACACGACCAACAGCGAGAUUUACAGUCCAGUCUGCAUUGGCGGCGUGGUGAUGGCGGAUUAAUGACACAGCCAUAAAGAAGUCGAGGCUGGGGGGUGGGGGGGGAUUGUGUGUUGCAGGGGAGCGAUAGCGAGGCCCUAAAUAGAAGAAGAAGAAGAAGAAGAAGGAGGUGUGUGUCGUGUAGAAAGAGAGAGAGAGAGAGAGGAGUGAAUAAAACCGACCGGCGAGAUCAUGAGCUCUGCACUGCCGUACAACUCGCUGUCAGCUCGGCCCAGUCCCAGCCGACGAGCUCUGGACUGGGAGCACCAGCAGCUGGCCGUGCGGCGUCUCUCCUCCCCGCGGGGUCUCGACCCGCUCUCGGCGCCGCCUCUCCCCCGCCGGCCCUCCGCCAUCCCCGGCUACCUGCUGUCCCCCUACCAGGAGCAGGAGGAAGAGGAGGAGGAGGAGCAGCGGCGGCGACUCGCCUCGUCCGUGUGCUCGGAGGCCUCGCUGGCGCCCCCCGCGCCCCCUCCGCCCCGCGCGGGCGCCGCCCGCCCCUGCUGCUGCUGCCGCCGCCGCCGCCCCGUGGGAGUCAUGCACCUCCUGCGCCUGGGCCUCCUGGCCUUCAGCUGCCUGUUCUGGGCGGCGGGCCUGGCCAUCCUCACCCUGGGCGUGUGGGCGCAGAUAUCGCUGGCGGACUACAUGCUGCUGUCCGCCAACCGCUACCCCAACGCGCCCCUCAUCCUCCUGGCCACGGGCGCGGCCGUCACCGCCUGGGGCUUCCUGGGCUGCCUCGGGGUGGCGGCCAACCUGCCGGCGUUGCUCCGGGCCUACGGCUUCUUCCAACUGGCGGCGCUGGUGGCCGGCCUGGCGGCGGGACUCUCGGGCCUCUUCUAUCGCGAGGACAUCGCCGGUGGGUUCCGCAGCGGCCUGCAGCGAGCGGUGGCCGGCUACGCCGAGGACGAGGGCCGCGCCGACGCGCUGGACGGCCUGCAGAGGGCCCUGGCGUGCUGCGGGGCCGAGGGAUGGCGCGACUGGCUGGCGUCGGACUGGGCCGCCCGGCGCGCGGCCGACGAGAACGGCACCUCGGCGUCCCUGCCGGACAGCUGCUGCGCCAGGCGCAAGGGCUGCAGGAACCGACCCCUCCCGCCGGGCGCCGCCGCCGCCGCCGAAGGAGUGGAAGCGGCGGGCAUCCACCCGCACGGCUGCUUCGGCAAGGUCUUCAGCCUGGUCAACGACAACGUCUUCCACAUCGCCGCCACCGUGUUGGGAUUGGCCUUCGCCCAGGUCGGAGGCAUAGCGAUGGCCUGCCUGCUGGCCAACAAACUGGCGCCGAGACCCCGCGGGCGGCUGGUGGCUCACUGACGGUCGGCAACCGCCCCCCCCCACCCCCCUCCCCCGAGGAUACGACCUGACUUAGUAGAUGAUUGAGAUUUGGAAUGAGAUUUAAAGAGCUACGGAGUUGCAAAAGGUAUCGGGAGUUGUUUCAGGCGCCAAGGUUUACAGGAAACGUGUCAGGGGAUCGG